AUGACCUUCCCUGGUGACUCAACGGGCUUCAAGCAUCUGCGUGCUUCAGAGAUAAAGCAUGGAAGAUUUGCGAUGAUGGCUGCAACCGGGUCCUUGUUCGCGCACUUCGUCAAGUUUCCAGGCUUUGAGGAUGUGCCCACUGGCUUGGCUGCCCUGGACACCACCAAGGGCAUGGAAGGCUUUUCUCUGCUCAUGUUCUUGAUCGCCGGCCAUGAGGCAGUGACCUGGAAGCCCGUGAAAGAGCCGGGCAGCUUUGGCGAUCCCUUCCAGUGGAAGCAGUUCACUCCCGAGAUGCGCACUAAGGAGCUUAGGACCUAG